AUGCCGGGUCUCCCAGUUCUGGAAACAAAGGCAGAGGACCUCUCUGGACAGUUGGCCCAGGGGGCAGAGCACGCCCCGGAGCCCCCCGGAGCCCCGGCCCGAACGCCCCGCAGCCUCGCAGCAGCUGAUGGCGCCGCAGCCGGGGCGGGCGCUGCGGAUCCCCGGGCGCAGCUAGCGCGGGGAGGAAGAGCGCCUCCCCCAACCCGGCCAAGCCCGGACCCAGGGCUCCGCUGGCCCGUCGCUCCCCCAGGUCCCGAAGGUGGGGCCCAGGCCUGGGUUGCCAUGGAUACCGUGUCCCUGGAGCAUCAGAUCCAGAGCGUGCAACGACACAUCAGCUUCCUGAAAAAAGAGCAGAUGGCCCUGCUGCGAGACCUGCACCUGGAAAUCCUGAGGCUGCAGAAACGCUGCUCAGAACUGACCCAUGACCUGGAGAUGAGAGAGGCCCAGUCUCACCAACAAGAGGCGGCGUCCCGGGAGCUGGAGAGCAAGUGCCGCGCGCUGGAGUCCCAGCUGGCGGCGCGGGCGGCGGCCAACGCGGAGCUGCGGCGGGAGGUGGCGCAGCGCGAGGCGCUGGUGUCGGCGCUGCGCUGCAGCCUGCGCGCCGAGGAGCGCCGCUUCUUGGAGGAGCUGCGGCGCCGCAGCCACCGCGCCACCGUGCUGGGCACCGAGCUGCAGAAGCACACCGAGGCGGCCGCCUACCUCUCCUGCCAGCUGCACGCGGCGCGCCAGAGACUGCAGACUCCGCGCCCGGGGAUCCGGGAGAGCGAGCGGGAAAUCAGCAAGAAGCAAACCCAGUGA